UAAUACAAUUAUUUUGAUUAUUUAGACUACAAAUUAGAUCUGUCAUUUUGAAUAAUCUCAGCCAUGUGAUGAACAUGUGACACUGACAGUUUGUGUGUUAGCAGAUGGCAGAAGAAGUCCAGAACGUCUCCCCCCGACUGAAAUGAUAAGAGAGCAACAGUGAAGUGUGAUGUAGUUCAGUUCUGAUGAAAGAGACUGUGUGUGAUUGUGAUUUAACAUGUAAGAUCAGUGUAAUACAAACAUGAUCAAUAUUUAGUGAAUAUCUCCCUGCGGUCAAACACACGCAGCCUUUUGAAAGGUUAAAUCAAUCAAUCAGUUGAAUUAUUUACAGCGCAGUAUCACCAAUACUGUUUACAACCAGACUAAUGCACUGUUCAAUACACUAUAUUGAGUGGUAUGGUUUUGUGUUAUAUAUUAUACUUGCUUUCUGAGGGUGAUGUAAGUGAUGUAUGACUGCCAUGACGCAGUGCAUUAGUUCGAUCCGUGACAGUUCUUUGACAGAUCAAACUGACGUGUCAUGAUGUGGGGUGGUGUAUGGAAUGUAGGCUACAGCAAAUCAGUCCAACCAGUUUCUGGGUUAUUACCGUAAUAAGAACACAGUGCUUUAUAUAUAACACUCACACAACAAUAAAACAAAGACAGUGACAGAGUUUCUCACCGUGAAAAGCAAAAGAUGGACAGCUGGAGCAGAUCAGCCAAACGUCCAGAUGAAGAUAAAAGACGGUCGGUAUUCCAAAGAAGAGGAAGCAAACGAAAACCUCCUCCAAACAUGCUUGUGACCAAACAAGAGAGAAGAAUCUUGCUGUUGGGAUUACAUACAGAUGCCAAAGCCUCCUGUGGAAACAUCAUCCUGGGGCGCAAGAUGUUCUUAGAAUGUCCAUCUGCCCCGCGACUGUUUGAGAGACAUGCUGGGUUGGUGUUAAAGAGACGUCUGAUGGUCAUCAACACUCCAGACCUGCUCGAUCUGGCACACUCCUCCAAAGAGCAAGACGUGAGGGAAUGUUUCAACCUGACUUAUCCUGGACCUCAUGCCCUUCUGCUGGUGCUCAAGUCUGGCACGUUUACAGAUCAGGAGAGAGACGCUCUCAAGCUCAUUAACAACAUUUUUGGUGCAGGGGCAUCAGAUUUUGUGAUUGUCAUCAUCAUGCAUGAAGAUCAGACGUCUGACGGUACUCAACUUUCUGACGCUGACCACCAGGCCGUGGAGUCUCUACUACAGACCUGCAGACGACCCCCUCAUCACCUACGAUGGAAAAAAGACCCAUCACAGCUGCAGAAACUUCUGGAGAGCAUCGAGAAGAUGGUGGACGAGAAUGGAGGCCGUUGCUUAAAGAUAUGUGAAGAAUCCAAAGUUCCUGGAGAAACAGACGUAGAUUGCCAAACAUCUAAGGCUGUUGGUGAAGUGAGGAUUGUGCUGAUUGGAAGAACCGGAGUUGGCAAAAGUGCAACAGGGAACACAAUUCUGGGACGAGGUGACGUGUUUGAGUCUGAAGGCUGCAUGACUUCAGUGACCAAGAGAUGUCAGAGAGAGAGAGGAGAGAUGUGUGGACGUGAAGUGACUGUGGUGGACACACCAGGACUCUUUGACACGAGCUUCAGCAAUGAAGAGAUCCAACUGGAGAUGAUGAGAUGUAUUGAGCUCUGUGCUCCUGGACCUCACGUGUUUCUGCUGGUCAUCGCUGUCGGCCGGUUCACACAAGAAGAGAGAGAAACCCUUCAACUCAUCCAGAUGACGUUUGGACAGAAAGCUCAGAGCUACACUAUAGUGUUAUUCACACAAGGAGACAACCUCGGAGAUAAAAGUAUUGAAGAAUACAUUAAGAAAGGUGAUCCAGAUGUCCAUAAACUGAUCAGUGACUGUGGAGGAAGAUAUCAUGUGUUUAAUAAUAGAGAUAAAGACCCUCAUCAGGUCGAGAGUUUACUGAAGAAGAUUGAUGAGAUGGUGAAGAGUAACAAUGGUAGUUUCUACAGUAAUGAAAUGUUCCAGGAGGCCGAGAGAGCUCUUCAACAAAUUGAGCUGUACAAGAAGAAAGAGGAGGAGGUGAAACGACAGAUGGAGGCCAUUAAAGCCAAAUAUGAGGCAGAUAUUCAAGAAUAUAAAGAGAAACUACAGGAGGAGACCGCAAGGGGGAAAAUUCGAGAACUUCUGCUGAUGGUGAGAGAGACAAGACAGUCCAAAAAACAUCAAACUGAGGCUGAAGACACGGUACAUCCUGAACAAUUACAAUAUAAAACUCAUCUAGAGAAAGAGAAAAUCCAAAAGCAGAAAAAUCCAGUUUCAGCAACAACAGACAUAGACACAGAGGAGGAGUCAGCACAAGGAGCAACAGGAGGAGAAUCUGAACAACAGAUAAAGACAAACAAGAAAGCCAGUAGAAGUUUUAGCUUUGUUAACAUAACACUGACCAAAAAGUAUAGACAGCAGGCUGAAAGGUCCCAGAAGGAACACGAAGGAAAAGAAACAGCAGGUGAAGAACAGGAACAAGAAGAAAGGAAGGAUUCUUUCAGCCAACACAGACCCGUGAUGAACCCUGAAGAUGAGACUGACCCAGAGAAAGAAAACAUGUACGUGCCUCAGUUAUCUGAAGAGAUGAGAGAAACAGUGAAGGAUCAAGUUCUUCUUCAGCAGAUGAGAGAAAUAGAGGAACACCUGAAGAAGAUGAUGGAGAAGAUGAGAAUGUACAGAGAGAAGCAUGAGAAGCAUGCUGAAGAACUCAAGACAAAUCAAGAGAGAAAUGCAGAAAAAAUGAAAGAAAAGAAGAAAAAAUUCAAAUGUGUCUUUCAGUAACACACACACCUCUACACAUCUCCAGUAACUGAUGACAUUAGAGUUCAUGACACAACUGCACAUUUCAUUAUCCUCAUAGAAUGAUGUCAUGUCUGAUCAACCUCACACUCAACUUGUUGAAGGACUUCAGAUUUCACAAUGUUCAGAUUUUUGUUCUUAUCUCAUUAAUUUCUCCCAAUAAUAAGACACAUUAUCAACAGCAGAUAGUUUUGAAAGGUGUGAUCAGUAGUUCAGCAAAUCAUGGCCGUCAUCUCUCGCUCUUCUUGAACAACACUAUGCUGUUAGCCACUGGCUGUGUGUGUGGGUCAUUUCAUCUGUUCUCCGGUUCUCUUUAAACUUAGAGGACAUCCUGUAAUCCAACCCCUGCACCGUGUGUCCAUGCGUCUGUUUUGGACUUUUAUUGUCACGGUAGAAACAAAAUCUUUUUUUGUCAUGUUUUCAGAAAUGAGCAAUUUUAAGAUUUCUUUUGAUUACGACCAUGUUGAGACAAAGGGGACCGUGUUUGAGCCCCUAUUGAACUGCUACAGUAUAAGUGAUUAUAUGUAAGUAGAUCAGCGCUGGAUUCGUUUAAUCUUGGAAUUUUGGUCAAUUUAUGAAUGAUUGGUGGUGAUCUUUUGCACGUCAUUGAUGAACAAACAUCACGAGACACAACAGUUUUUCAUCUGUUAUUAUAAUACUUAUGGUUAUUGUACGUGGAUAAAACUGUGAUGUCAUCUCUGUGCUCUGGAUAGCAGUGUUCCCAAAGACAGGUUUGGUUUGGACGCGGAUGGGUUUGUGUUUCAUGUAGCCGAAGAACAUUCACGUGGUGUUUAAUGUGGAUGAAUACAGCGAUUAAUCUUCCACUUCUGUCUUUCUAAACCUCCUGUCGAAACACACGGCAAGUCUGUGUAUCAAUACACUUCUUUCAUACCACAAAAUUGUCUUUGUUUCCACUGUACUGGGUUUUGAUUUUGCUUUCAUUUUCUCACGUAGGGCCAAAUCUGAACCGAGACAUAGACUAACAUCAAUCUAUUUGAUAUCAGAUUUUUCCUUUGAUCUUUUGUUACCAGUUUACUUGUCAUUUAAUCACGUGGUAAGUUGAUACAUAACAUGUAGAUUGGUGGAAUGUCUAACGUUUUUUGAUUUGUGAAACAGAUAUCCGACUGGAGGACACAGUCCUGAUGGGACUCGAGCGAACUGACCUCUCUCUCACUUUAAUAUUCAAAGUUAUUUACAUUCUACUGCCAAAACGAUUACGUAUGCUAAACAUCCAAAUAUAACAAAUGGCUCAUUCUCACAGAACCAUUGAAACACCAUGGUGUUAAUUAUUUAAUUAUUUAUUACUGUAGUAAUUGACUUCUCUACCUUGCAAGAAAAAAUGAACAAAGGAAUGAAUUGUUUUGUAUUUUAUUGCAUUUUUUGCUGAAGAUAUCAUUACUGUAACACUUCCAGCUGUGUAAGAAUAACAUUUAAUUAUUCAAAAAAAAGGAUUGAAUGUUCUAGAUGUUCUUAAAUAAGACACAUAACUCUCUGUAACCAUUUAAAGGACUGUUU